AACAUCACAUCCAGGCACACAUCCCUCUUCUUGCUUGCCGAAUACAAUCUCCACAAAUCGAAGGAUACAACUUUCUUGCACCAAGUCAGAUAAAUCAAGAUGUCAGCCCAACAACCCCCCAAACACAUCGGAGUCAUCCUUUUUCCAGGAUUCCAACUCCUCGAUCUUUGCGGUCCUUUGGAUGUGCUCAACAUCCUCGCUACAGAGCGCACCUUAACGCUUUCCAUCUUGGCUGCGACGCUCGAUCCUGUAUCGACACAGCAUGCGUUGCAGGAGAGCAAGCAGUCUGACUUUGGCGAGAAAUUGGUGCCUACGCAUACAUUUGAUACAGCGCCUGAUGACAUUGAGGUGUUGAUUCUCCCUGGAGGCUACGGGUCGAGGAGCGAGGAGAAGAUCGAAGGUGCCGUCGAGUUCCUGAAAGGUUACUAUCCAAAGUUGAAAUACAUGAUCACGGUUUGCACUGGAAGUGCCAUCCUGGCGAAAACAGGCGUGUUGAACGACCGCCGAGCGACAUCUAAUAAAAAAGCUUUCACAUGGGUCAAAGAACAAAACACGGCUGUGAAAUGGGUGGCCAAAGCCCGAUGGGUAGUAGAUGGCAACAUAUGGACAUCUUCCGGUAUAUCGGCUGGAAUUGAUCUAAUAUAUUCUUGGAUUGGAGAGGUAUAUGGCAAGGAACUGGCAGAUCUGUUGGCUGAUCAAAGCGAGUACGAGAGGAACACCGACGCAGGCGAUGACCGAUUUGCAGCAAGGUGGGGCGCCGUCUAG